GUGUUCUUGCCUAAUAUAAUUCUACAAAGAGACCCGGUGAUAUAUGCAAUUAAUUAACAUAUGUGACCAAACACACACCAACCAUAUGAUAUAAUAUUUUGGGAUAAAUGGAAUACCAAACUAUGACGCUUUUGUUGAAGAAGCCACAUGUUCACCGAUCAUUGAUCAUUAAUAGUGCAUCUUCACCUUCCUAUAUAUGGAGGAAAUAUAUUUCUCAUAGUUGCCACAAUAAUAGUAAUUCGAUUUUGAAAUCUUCUCUGUCCCUAAGUAAAAAUAUUCACAUUGGAAGGAUCACAGGGGGGUGUAUUUCUCCGUGCAUGAGAGUUGUAACGAUGGCAACAAGAAGCAACACUACCAACACCGAAUCUCGUAAUGUAAAAGCCUUAGUGACGGUUAAACAAAGUGAUGGUGGACUCAUAAAAAAUCUUGUUACUAGUGUUGUUGGUAACAAACACUUGGUUUUGGAGUUAGUCAGUGUUGACCUUGAUCCAAAAACAAACUCGCAGAGAGAGACAAUAAAAGGACAUGCAAAAGAAAGAGAGAAAAAUGAGAAAGAGGUGCAAUAUGAAGCAACUUUUGAGAUACCAACAAAUUUCGGAAAAGUGGGUGCUGUUUAUGUUGAGAAUGAAUUCGACAAAGAGAUAUUUGUAAAGAGCAUAGUCAUUGAUGGUUUCCCUGAUGGUCCUCUCCACCUUACUUGUAAUUCAUGGAUUCAACCCAAACCUAUUCAGAGACUCUUCUUCACUAACAAGAUGUAUUUGCCAUCACAAACACCAACUGGAUUGAUAAAGCUGAGAGAAAAUGAACUAAUAGAGUUAAGAGGAGAUGGAAAAGGAGAGCGUAAGAGCACUGAUAGAAUAUAUGACUAUGAUGUUUACAAUGAUCUUGGUGAUCCUGACAUCAACAUUCAACUCAAAAGACCUGUUCUUGGUGGCACCAAACAAUAUCCAUAUCCAAGAAGAUGUCGUACCGGUCGAAAGCACUCUAAUUCGGAUCCAUCAUAUGAAACGAGAGAUUCAAAUUUCUAUGUUCCUCGAGAUGAGGCAUUUGCUGAGAUAAAACAGUUACAAUUCAACACAACCACGGCAUCUUCAGGUGUAAAAGCAGUUUUGGAAUCCUUAGAUGCAAUUCUCAGUGAUAUAGAUCUUGGAUUUGUCAGCUUUGAAGACAUAGACACACUUUACAAAGAAGGAUUUCAGUUGCCAAAAUCUCUUGACUCCAAUAGGUUAACAUUGCUCCAAAAAGUCAUUCCCAAGUUGAUCAAGGUUACUAAUGAUAGCCAAAAUCUUCUGCGAUUUGAUACACCAGAAGCACUUAAAAGAGACAAAUUUUUUUGGCUAUCAGAUGAGGAAUUUGCUAGAGAGACUUUGGCAGGGGUCAAUCCAUAUAGCAUUCAAUUAGUCAAGGAGUGGCCUCUGAGAAGUAAACUAGAACCUCAAAUUUAUGGUCCAUCAGAAUCAGCUAUUACCAGAGAAGUCAUUGAGUCACAGAUAAUUGGAUACACCACAGUUGAAGAGGCCAUUCAAGAAAAGAAAUUGUUUAUAUUGGACUUCCAUGAUUUGUUUUUACCAUAUGUAAGCAAAGUGAGAGAGAUGAAAGGUACUACCCUGUAUGGAUCAAGAACAUUGUUCUUCCUCACCAAACAAGGCACAUUAAAGCCACUAGCUAUUGAGCUCACAAGACCAAUUAUUGGUGACAAACCACAGUGGAAACAAGUCUUCACACCUGAUUCUGAUUCCACCAAUCUUUGGCUUUGGAGGCUUGCCAAAGCUCAUGUUCUUACUCAUGAUACUGGUUACCAUGAACUUAUAAGCCACUGGUUAAGUACUCACUGUGUUGUAGAGCCAAUUGUGAUUGCAACAAAUAGGCAACUUAGCACCAUGCAUCCAAUCUACAAGUUACUGCAUCCACAUCUCAGAUAUACCUUGGAAAUCAAUUCACUUGGACGUCAAGUGCUUAUUAGUGCAUAUGGAGUCAUUGAACUCUCAUUCUUUACUAAAAAGUAUUCAAUGGAAUUAACAUCUGUGGCAUAUGAUAAGCUUUGGCAGUUUGAUUUGCAGGCACUACCCAAUGAUCUUAUUCAUAGAGGAAUGGCUGUGGAAGAUCCUAAUGCACAACAUGGCCUAAAGCUGGCAAUUGAAGACUAUCCUUUUGCAAAUGAUGGUCUUCUCAUAUGGGAUGCAAUUAAACAAUGGAUCACAGAAUAUGUCAAUCAUUACUAUCCAAGUCCAAGUAUCAUAGAAUCUGAUCAAGAGCUUCAAGCAUGGUGGACUGAAAUUCGAACAAAGGGUCACGGCGACAAAGCUGAAGAACCAUGGUGGCCAAAACUCAAAACACAAAAAGAUUUAAUUGACAUCAUUGCCACUAUAGCUUGGAUAGCAUCUGCUCAUCAUUCAGCUACAAACUUUGCACAAUAUGCAUAUGGAGGCUAUUUUCCUAAUAGGCCAACAAUUGUUAGAAACAAAAUGCCUACAGAAGACCCUUCUAAGGAAGAAUGGGAAAAAUUUAUCAACAAACCUGAACAGAUACUUUUGGAGUGUUUUCCUUCACAAAUUCAAGCAACUUUAGUGAUGACUAUUUUGAACUUGUUAUCAUAUCAUUCACCAGAUGAAGAGUACUUGGGAGAGUUUAUUGAACCAGCAUGGGGUGAGGAUCCAGCUAUUAAAGAAUCCUUUGAAAGGUUUAAUAGAAGAUUGAAGGAAAUUGAAGUGAUAAUAGACUCAAGGAAUGCAAACAGUGAUUUGAAAAAUAGGAGUGGAGCUGGGAUAAUACCUUAUGAGCUAAUGAAACCUUUUUCAGGGCCUGGUGUCACUGGAAAGGGAGUUGCAUAUAGUAUUUCUAUUUAGUAAUCACAUAUCCCAUGUUGAAUUAAUUCUACUACAACAAUAGGUCUUAUUUAUCAUGUUUUUACAAUUACUUUUAUUGUUUUAUUUAUUUAUGUUUUGUUUGAGGUUGUAUUUUACUAUUUUUACUUGAAUUUCUAGAUGAUUUUAUUUUCAUAGGUUUGAUGGUUGAUAUGUUAAUAAUGUGUCUCUUCCACUUAUUUA